AUGUCUCGUCCACCCGGUUUUGAAGCCUCGGACUGGAAAGACACCAAAUUGCCUAAGUUGGCACAACUUGACUCCCUCCAGAGAUGUCUAAUCUGCAAAGACUUCCUUAGGGCCCCUGUCAGCACGUCUUGCAAUCACACCUUCUGUUCUCAGUGUAUCCGCGAGCAUCUUCUAAAGGAAAAUCUGUGUCCACUAUGUAAGUCGGAGCAGUUUGAAAGCAACUUGAAACGUGAUAUCUUGCUCGAAGAGAUCGUGGUGUGUUUCCAGUCUUUGCGAGAUGAGCUUUUCAAUAUGGUCAGCAACCAUAACGAAAGAGCGCCAGAAACGCUAGUAACGAGCAGAAAUGGAGGAGAAUCAAGUAGAAACGUUAUUUCCACGACAUCAAGUCCAGAUCCAGAAGUCAUCGAAGUCACAGACGAGUCGGAUUUGGACAGAGCCACUGUUUCUAAGUCUUCUACCCCACAUCCACCUUCUGGCACGGCAGAAUGUCCCAUCUGUGGCGACACAUCUAUGUCGGCGGAAUAUCUUCAACUGAAACAUAUUGAUGAGUGUCUCAGCGGCAAAAAGAAGAAGCUGAGUGGUGUCAAACGGAAGAGAAAUGAAAUCUCGCUGUUUUUUCAACCCAAGAAGAAGCCCAAAGAUAUUGACCACCAACAGUUCUACUUCGGACAAGCUGACAAGCACCACCAUGAGACCAAACGAAUGCCUCGAAUCGAUUUUGGCUCGCUAUCGACGCCAAAGUUAAAGGAGAAGUUGGCUGCGUUGAAAGUAUCAGUACUGGGACUGAGACCACAACUUGAGUUGCGCUACAAUCAAUACAUGCUCUAUUUUAACUCGAAUUUGGACACUAAUCGGCCUGUUUCGGAGUUGGAGUUGCGCCAGAAGCUCAACCAGUGGGAGAAAUCGCACCUGGCCUUUAAACCCCAGGCCCUCAAUUCCAUCUUUGGGGAUUCCUUGGCUCACAAGAAUAUUAGUGACAAAGACUUUCCGAUUAAGGUAUGGGAGGAGAGGUAUCGAGAGGAAUUUCGGGAUCUAGUGCGGGCUGCUAGGAGAUCUAGGAAAGUGAUGAAGGUGAGCAAGGAAGAUUCUAUGGAUUCAAAAUCCGUGAAUUUGAAGUCUGUGGAUUUAACGUCUAUGGAUUUGAAUUCUACGAUACCCAUGAAACCUAACUCGACGGACUCCACAAUCAUAGAUUUCUCGUUUACUUCUAAUUCUAACUCAAAUUUGGCCUCCGAGUCGACUGCUGAUACCUCAGAAUAUCUCCCUGGUUCUAAAUCCUCAAUAUCUACGUCAGACUCCAAGCUGAGAAGCACAAUCGGGGAUUCACAUUCAAUACGAAAUUCAGACCCAGUCUUUGAAGAAUCACAUUCUGCCUCUGGUGAAAUACAUUCUGCCUCUGGUGAAAUACAUUCUGCCUCUGGUGAAAUACAUUCUGCCUCUGGAGAAUCCUUUGGAACCACUGGAUCAUCACAUUCAUCUGCAGGUCAAUGCCAACACCAACCCGGCUAUCCGGGCUCAAGUCAGAGCAACUGCCCCACCACUAAUGACCAUAUCGCCGGACAUGCCGGAUUGACUCCAAUCCACCCCUCUUCCCCUCACGGUGAUGCUGGCGAUCUGGAGAUCGGAAAUAUGUCCAAAGGAUCUUCAGAUUCGUUUGACUUCUCUACCCUGAUGCUUUUCGUUCCUCUGAAGCACUAG